AUGUCUUCCGUUGGCCCUCAACUACCACCUCACCUAACCAAAAGGAAGCGGUCCUCCGAUGAAGAUGAAGGACCUCACUCUCCCCCUCGAAAGCUCCAAGCAGCAACAGCUCCCCCUCCACGAACCCUCGGUCCAACCCUCCCACCAAGUGCCAAUCCAGAUGAAGUCAACAUUGACGACAGCUCAGAAGAUGACUAUGGACCGUCGCUUCAACCCGCCAAAGCUCCCAGCCCACCACCAAAGCGCGUCCUAGGACCUUCUCUACCACCAACCCAGAACCCCGACGAAGUCACCCUUGAAGAUAGCUCUGAAGACGAAUACGGACCCUCCGCCCCAAAAGCACCAACAGCGAGUACAAAAGCCUCCUCACCACCUCGAAAACGAGUCUUAGGUCCAGCACCCCCUCCAGCCUCGCUCUCCGAGCGCCCCCCUUACCCCGCGAACGACUCCUCAUCAGACUCUGAAGAUGACUACGGGCCCUCCCUCCCACCAGCCCCUGGCUCCGCCGCAGAAAGGGAACUUCUGGCCUCUCAAGCCUCUGAACGAGAACGCUCGGAAGCAGAAACUAAGAGCAGCAAACCACAGCGUGCGGAGUGGAUGCUAGCGCCUCCUACAGACAGUGACUGGACCGGGCGAGUUGACCCAACGAAGCUCAAGAACAGAAAAUUCGCAUCUGGCAAAGGCGCAAAAGCACCAGCUGAGAAGAGCGGUAUCAGUGCUAUCUGGACUGAAACGCCCGAGGAAAAGAGACAGCGGUUGGAAGACGAAGUGUUGGGACGUAAGGAAGCGGCUACGAGUGGAAGAGGAGGAGGAGAGAAGAAGGGAUUGAGUAAGGAGUUGGAGAUGGAGGAGAGGGCUACGGCAAGGAGAAUACAGGAAUACAAUGAGAAGAACCGUGGUAGGAGUUUGUAUGAAGAGAGGGAGGCUAUGCAGGAGAAGAGGGGGGAGAAAGUUGAGGAGGAUGAUCCGAGCAAGAGGGGUUUUGAUAGGGAGAAGGAUAUGGCGCUCGGUGGGCGAUUGGGCAAUGGUCAGAAGAAAGAGAUGUUGGCUAAGGCGGCGGAUUUUGGCUCUAGAUUCCAGAAGGGGAGAUAUCUUUGA